UUAUCCACACACUCCGAGUGUGUGAUCCAAGUUGUACAGCAUGGAGCCGUACACGGUCCCCGGAGCCCAGCUCUCCCUGCACGACCUGUACUCCGUCAUCCCCUUUAAUGUCACCUUCCCGGACGAGGAGCGCGGCUUGAUGAUGGACGGGCCGCGGAACUACACGGAGCGGCAGAACCCGGUGAGGAGCCCCGGGGGCAUCAUCAUAGCCAUAUGUAUCACGGCUCUGUACUCCGUCAUCUGCGUGGUGGGACUGCUCGGAAACAUUCUCGUCAUGUACGGGGUGGUCAGGUACACCAAGAUGAAGACAGCCACCAACAUCUACAUUUUUAACUUGGCUCUUGCUGACGCCUUGGCCACCAGCACGCUGCCCUUUCAGAGUGCCAAGUACCUCAUGAACACCUGGCCGUUUGGGGAAGUCCUGUGCAAGCUCAUCAUUGCCAUUGAUUAUUACAACAUGUUCACAAGCAUCUUCACCCUCACCAUGAUGAGCGUAGACCGAUACAUCGCUGUGUGCCACCCCAUCAGGGCGCUGGAGUUCCGUACGCCUGUCAAAGCUAAGUUCAUCAAUGUGCUCAUCUGGGUGCUGUCCUCAGCCAUCGGUGUCCCCAUCAUGAUCAUGGCUGUGACCAGAGUGGCAGAUAAUGGUAAAACCAUGUGCAUGUUGAAGUUCCCUGACCCUGAGUGGUACUGGGACACAGUGACGAAGAUCUGCGUCUUCAUCUUUGCUUUUGUGGUUCCUGUGUUGGUCAUCACCAUCUGCUACGGCCUGAUGAUCCUUCGUCUCAGGGGUGUCCGUCUACUCUCGGGCUCCAAAGAGAAAGACCGCACCAUGCGGCGCAUUACCCGCAUGGUGCUGGUGGUGGUGGCUGCCUUCAUUAUCUGCUGGACCCCCAUUCACAUCUUCAUCAUCGUGAAGACCAUGGUAGAAAUUGACACCAGAAACCCUCUGGUGAUUGCCAGCUGGCACCUGUGCAUUGCCCUGGGCUACACCAACAGCAGUCUCAACCCUGUCCUCUACGCGUUUUUGGAUGAAAACUUCAAGCGAUGCUUCAGAGAUUUCUGCCUCCCGUGUCGCACCCACAUUGAGCAAAACAGCCUAAGAAGAGGCCGCAGCACCAUUAGGGAGCCUGUGUCCGUGUGUGCUCCGACAGAGCUGGGAAAGAAGCCAGCAUGACUAGGCAUGGACCUGGUCCCCCACAGCUCUCGUUCAAGGAGGAUCCAACAAGACCUGCAAUCAGAGGACACUCAGAUCACCACAACAGAGUUUUAAGAUUUCAACACAACAGAAGCGAGUUUCAAGUCUGUGUCAUACUGCCUCAUACUCACACGGGAGUGCAUACGUUAUUACAAAGUAAUCAUUCUGAUCUUAAUUAUCUAUUAAAAUGAUAACAAAGUGGAAACAUUAUCAUCCACACAGGAAGUUUGAUGUCAUACAGAGGCAGUGACAGUGGAUGAAGGACAUCAACAGACAAGGAAACACCUGCCACUUUCUCUCUCGUUCAGACAUGUCGAAGAGCAUUGUACUGAAAAAUCCUGUCAGGUUGAAUCAUGUCAUUGGAGACAACUGAGAUUUUGGUGAAGAAAGAAGAAAAUUCUGAACAAACAGAACAGAAGGCUUACACAGCAGAACCACUGCUACCAACCAGCUGCUGGCCAGUGGAUUACAGCACACAGCAGUUUAUUACACAAACUUACACAAGGCCGUUGUAUGUGUAUGUAUGUUGUAUAUAUCGAGACAUAGGAAACUUAUCUCUUCACACUAAGGAUUGGGAACAUUUUCCAAUCAAGGACCAUUUCAAUUCUAAGUCUGCAACUGCUUCUCAUUGAUGCGAUACUUAAUGCUUUUUUUGUUUUUUUGACAAAAACAACUUUUGCAAACAUCACAGUUACGCAAUUUGUUAACGUUUGGCUAUAAUUUUACAUCCAAAAAUGUCUGGAUGGUGUUUGCUAAGGUCAUUUCAUCAUCAUUGUGCUGGUACUCUCGGCUCCUUCACCACAGCUCAGCACAAAGUUCCCAGCUGUAAUUUGCCUUUUUAGUUGCUGCAAGCUCUCGCACACAAACAAUGAUUUGAUGGUCUGUUUCAGUUUCUCUUGAGCAGCAUUUAAGGACAGUUGCUGUCAUGUGUGCUUGUUCUCCCUGUUCGUGACCUGACAGGCACAUGAUGACAUGAUUUACAUUUGUUUAGCUGUCAGCACGGCAGCACGUCCAUGUGGGCCCCAUAAAAGUUAAAAUCAGGAAACCCUGCUACAGUCUACAGCUGAGUUACAUGAAGGACCUGCUCAAAUUUACCAAGUAACUGCCCUUAUGGAAAGCCCUGCAGCAUAAAUGAUCGGGGUGAUCCCCAGCCAGUCAAAAUAUGAUCCAUGACAUCAGGAUCAAAGCAUCCCUCAAUGUAAACUGAGGGAUGUUUUGAGUUCUAUGGAUGUUGUUUCAGCUCAGCUGUUGGUCUCUCACACGGAGAGUCUGACUGUGAUGAACCUGCAAACACUUGCACACUCAUCUUAUCAGUUCAUGGUUUAAGACCAGUAUAAAUUCAAAGAACAUGACUGAACUAGAUAAAAACCAGUCCUGAUGUCAACAAAUAGCUCCAAGAUUAUUGAUCUACAAGUUAAAUGAGAAAAACUGCCGUCAUCUGUCUCAGUGAAAAACAGAUGUAGCAGAAAUCAUUCUGACUUUUUUACUCCAGCAGAUCUUCACCAACGAUCGUAUUAAAGGCAUCAAUCAAUGUGAAGUUAAUGACCAAUUCAGCUUUGCAUAACAGUUUAUGUCAGCAGUGUUGCAGAUGCAGAUGUCUUUGGCUCCUGCUCUCAUAUGGGACUCUUUUACGUGUUCUAAUUAUAUUGGCCAUGCAGUGUAUUGAAUGUAAACAUGUCAAAUUUAAACGUGGCACAUGAAGCACAUCCAAACAUAAUAUCACACAUCAAUAAUGAAAUGUACUCAUUUUAUAUUUGUAGAUAUUCUGAAGCUUCUCUACACUAUACUGUAUAUAGUUUUAUAAUUCAGCACAGUGCUGGUGGGUCGUAUGUCGCAAUGAAAAAGAAAAGGAAAAUUCAUGGAACUAAAUUCCAGUAAGUUCAGUCUAAGUACUUGA